CGUGGGGGCGGGAGGUCUCAGCUGUGAUGGGGCCCCUGAGCGCUGUCCUUCACAUUAGAACCUGCCGACGUCUGGACAUCCAGCAUGGGCAGAGGGUGUGGUGCUGAGAAUGGAGGGAAGAGGAGGAAGAAGGACAGGGACUUGGAUGAGCUGAAGAAGGAGGUGGCCUUGGACGACCACAAAAUAACUCUGGAUGAUCUGGGAAAACGCUAUGGAGUGGACCUCACACGGGGCCUGACCAAUGCCAGAGCUGUGGAGAUUCUGGCCAGGGACGGUCCAAACGCCCUAACCCCUCCCCCCACCACCCCGGAGUGGGUCAAGUUCUGCCGUCAGCUGUUCGGUGGCUUCUCCAUCCUGCUCUGGAUCGGUGCCAUCCUCUGCUUCCUGGCCUACACCAUCCAGGUGGCCACAGAGGACGAGGCGCCCAAUGACAAUUUGUAUCUGGGUGUGGUGCUGGCAGCCGUGGUCAUCAUCACCGGCUGUUUCUCGUACUUCCAAGAGGCCAAGAGUUCCCGAAUCAUGGACUCCUUCAAAAAAAUGGUGCCACAGCAAGCGAUGGUGAUCCGGGAGGGGGAGAAGAUGCACAUCAAUGCUGAGCUUGUGGUGCAGGGAGAUCUGGUGGAGAUCAAAGGGGGAGACCGCAUCCCAGCUGACCUUCGAGUGAUCUCCUCCAGCGGGUGUAAGGUGGACAACUCAUCUCUGACGGGAGAAUCGGAGCCUCAGACUCGCUCCCCAGAGUUCACCCACGACAAUCCUCUGGAGACCCGCAACAUCUGUUUCUUUUCCACCAACUGUGUCGAGGGUACGGCCCAUGGUAUAGUGAUAGGUACCGGUGACCGAACAGUGAUGGGUCGCAUCGCUACGCUGGCAUCAGAGCUUGAAGUCCGCCGCACACCCAUCAACAUUGAGAUUGAACAUUUCAUCCACAUCAUUACGGGCGUGGCAGUCUUCUUGGGUGUGAGCUUCUUCAUCCUGUCACUCAUCCUGGGCUACACCUGGCUGGAGGCCGUCAUCUUUCUCAUUGGCAUCAUUGUGGCAAAUGUGCCUGAAGGAUUGCUGGCUACUGUCACUGUGUGUCUGACUCUCACUGCCAAGCGAAUGGCCAAGAAGAACUGUCUUGUGAAGAACCUGGAGGCCGUAGAGACUCUCGGCUCCACCUCCACCAUCUGCUCCGACAAGACGGGCACGCUGACCCAGAACCGUAUGACCGUGGCCCACAUGUGGUUCGACAACCAGAUCCACGAGGCAGACACCACAGAGCACCAGACUGGUUUGGGUUUUGACAAGAGCUCUGCUACUUGGGCUGCUCUGUCUCGCGUGGCCGGCCUGUGCAACAGAGCUGAUUUCAAAGCCGGACAGGAGAAGUUUCCCAUCCUGAUGAGAGAGACGGCGGGGGACGCAUCAGAGUCAGCUCUGUUGAAAUGCAUCGAGGUGUGCUGUGGGAGUGUUCGAGAAAUGAGAGUUCGAAACCCCAAAGUGGCAGAGAUCCCCUUCAACUCCACCAACAAAUACCAGCUCUCUGUUCAUGAAGUGGAGGACAAUCCCUCUGGUCAUAUUCUGGUCAUGAAGGGAGCGCCGGAGAGAAUCUUGGACAGGUGCAGCACCAUUAUGAUCCAUGGCCAGGAGCAGCCACUUGAUGAAAACUGGAGGGAGGCUUUCCAGAGUGCCUACAUGGAGCUGGGAGGACUGGGAGAGAGAGUGCUUGGCUUCUGCCACUUGAAUCUGUCUUCAUCCCAGUUCCCUCGAGGAUUCACCUUCGACUGCGACGACACGAACUUCCCCACCGAGCAGCUCUGCUUCCUGGGUCUCAUCUCCAUGAUUGAUCCACCGCGUGCCGCUGUGCCUGACGCAGUGGGUAAAUGCCGCUCCGCUGGUAUCAAGGUGAUCAUGGUGACGGGGGACCACCCAAUCACGGCCAAGGCCAUCGCUAAAGGUGUGGGCAUCAUCUCUGAGGGAAAUGAGACAGUUGAGGACAUCGCUGAGCGACUGAAUAUCCCUCUGAGCCAAGUUAACCCCAGGGAUGCCAAGGCUUGUGUCGUGCACGGCUCGGACCUAAAGGACAUGAGCCCCGAGUACCUGGACGACAUGCUGAGGAACCACACUGAGAUAGUGUUCGCUCGCACCUCUCCACAGCAAAAGCUCAUCAUAGUGGAGGGCUGCCAGAGACAGGGGGCGAUUGUAGCAGUGACGGGCGACGGCGUCAACGACUCCCCGGCCUUGAAGAAAGCUGACAUAGGCGUUGCCAUGGGGAUCGCUGGCUCUGAUGUGUCCAAGCAGGCGGCUGACAUGAUCCUGCUGGACGACAACUUUGCCUCCAUCGUCACCGGAGUGGAGGAGGGUCGUCUUAUCUUUGACAACUUGAAGAAAUCCAUUGCAUACACGCUGACCAGCAACAUCCCAGAGAUCUCGCCCUUCCUGCUCUUCAUCUGUGCCAGUGUUCCUCUUCCUCUGGGAACUGUCACCAUCCUCUGCAUCGACCUGGGCACUGACAUGGUUCCAGCCAUUUCAUUGGCUUAUGAGACAGCUGAGAGUGACAUCAUGAAACGCCAACCGAGGAACCCCCAAACAGACAAGCUGGUCAAUGAACGCCUCAUCAGCAUGGCAUAUGGACAAAUAGGGAUGAUCCAGGCUACUGCUGGUUUUUUCACCUACUUUGUGAUUUUGGCUGAGAACGGCUUCCGCCCGUCUGAUCUGGUGGGUGUCCGUGUCAGGUGGGACGACCGCGACUUAAAUGAUCUGGAGGACAGCUACGGGCAGCAGUGGACCUACGAGCAGAGGAAGAUCAUUGAAUUCACCUGCCACACCUCCUUCUUCGUCAGUAUUGUUAUUGUGCAAUGGGCCGAUCUUAUCAUCUGCAAGACCAGGAGGAAUUCCCUCUUUCAGCAGGGCAUGAAGAAUAGGAUCCUGAUCUUCGGUCUCUUUGUUGAGACCGCUCUGGCUGCUUUCCUCUCCUACUGCCCUGGAAUGGACGUUGCCUUGCGCAUGUACCCCCUGAAGACCCUGUGGUGGUUCUGUGCCUUCCCAUACAGUCUUCUCAUCUUCAUUUAUGAUGAGGUCCGUAAAUUCAUUCUGAGGAGGAACCCCGGAGGUUGGGUGGAGCAGGAGACAUAUUAUUAACAUUCAGAAAAUGUCAGUUUGAAUUGUCUGUUUGUGAGUGUGUGUGUCUGUGUUUGUAUGCGUUCAUGUAAGUGUGUGCGUGUUUGUGAGGGGAGAACUCUGUGUGUGUGUCAGUUGUAAUAUUGCAUGGAUCAGUUCACAAAUCUGAUUAUCAUAAAAAAUACUGCUGAAAAUAGGCUUUUGAUUGUGCUUUGAGUUUUUCCUCUUUGUUUUCUCAGAAAACAUUUCCAGCAGAACAAUAGGAAUGUACACCUAUGUGCCUUACAUAGACUGUUACCAAACUGAUGUAUAACGGCCAUGUGAAAUGUACCAAAUAAAAUGUAUUCCAAAAUAUUCCUGA